UCAGCCCGCUCUCAACACCUCCACUGUGUGUAUAUAUAUACUGCACACACGUAUAUCACUCACACCUUUUCUCCCUUUUUACACUGUUUAAUUCACUCUCACUCAAAACACACACUCAACCUAUACAUGUAACAUACACCGCCUCUGUAUAUAACUAGGCUAUUAAGCGAUGAUGGAUCCGCUCAAAUCGAGGACCUAGCGCUGACCUGAAAGCUCUACAACUGCAAUCGAUUAUGAAGGCACAUUAACUUUAUUAAGAAACUGCUGUCCCAUGAAGAAUGCAGUCAUGAGUGACGAGAGUUGGUUGUCCAACCCCAGGGAGCCAACAGUGCGAGUUACACGAGCACGGGCUAAAGCCUUAGGCUCAUCAGGUGGUUUGCCACCUUUACAUCCCUCAUCUAGACAAGCUGACAAGCCUGUGUUCCGAGAGCGCUUGAAGAGAGCAGCACCAGAUAACAAAGAAGCAACAAGUUCAGCCACUUCUCCGCCGCACAAUAAAAGGAAUGUUCUUAAGGAUGUAACUAAUAUCACAUGUGAUAAUUUGUACAUAAACUGCAUAAAUGCAGCUAGAAGUCAGUUUCAGCCAAGCAGGCAGAACAGAAAUGAUUCUUCACAGAAGAAGGGAAAGGUGGCGACUCCAUGUAUUCCUAAAAAAUUUAAGGUUCCAGGAGAGAGAAGAGAAAAUAUAAAUGAUAUAAUGAAAGCAGAUGUGGUGGAAUCACAGAAGAACUUGACAAUUGAACCAACUGAAACUGCUCAUGCAAAUGGGACAGGGGCAGCAAGUCUGACUUCAACUGCGACAUAUUCCAGUAAUAGCACCCCACUGAUAAGUUCAGUGACCAGAGAAGAUGUCAAGCUUUGCAUGAAAAAGGAGAGCUUGGAAGAUAGUGGAAUAACUGACAUAGAUUCAAAUCACAAGGAUCCGCAGAUGUGUAGCCUUUAUGCAGCUGAUAUAUAUUCUGCUAUGUAUGCAAGACAGAUUGAAAGGAGGAUUUCGGCUGAUUAUAUGGAAAACCUGCAACAAGACAUCACCCAGGGUAUGAGGGCUAUACUGAUUGAGUGGCUUGUUGAGGUUUCUGAAGAAUAUGGGCUGAUGCCUGAUACACUAUACCUGACUGUAAAUCUCAUUGAUAGAUACCUAUCACAGAAUCACAUGACCAAACAGAAGCUUCAACUGCUUGGUGUGACCUGCAUGCUCAUUGCCUCGAAGUAUGAAGAAAUUUGUGCGCCUCAUGUGGAGGAUUUUUGCUUUAUAACAGAUAAUACCUACACAAAAGAAGAGGUAGUGAAAAUGGAAAGUUGUGUUCUGAACUUUUUGGGCUUUCAACUCUCUGUUCCUACCACAAAGAAGUUUCUUAGGAGGUUUCUUCAAGCAGCACAAGUUUCAUACAAGGUCCCGUCUGUUGAGCUGGAAUUUUUGGCAAACUAUUUAGCAGAACUAACUCUAAUGGACUACAAUUUCCUGAAAUACCUACCAUCCCUAAUUGCUGCUUCUGCUGUGUUUUUAGCCAAAUGGACUCUUGAUCAGUCUGAGCAUCCAUGGAAUCGGACCCUGGAGUAUUACACGAGGCACAAAGCAUCAGAGCUAAAAACUGUAGUUUUAGAACUCCAAAACUUACACAUUAAUCCAAGUGGGAACAUGCCUAGCGCCAUACGCCGGAAGUACAAGCAAUCCAGGUUCAAGAGCGUGUCAACUUUGCUUCCAUCAGAACUAGAUGAAUCUCUUUUCUGUGCAUAACAAGUCUCUGCAAAUGAUGGGAUAUUUACUAAAGCCCCAACUGAAAUUAUUUCAUCAUUUUGAAACUGUAAAUGGGACAGCCUAUCCUCAUUCUUUAUUCAAUAUAUAUAUAUCUAUCUCGCGACACCUAAACGAUAAUUUAUUAUACGGCUGUCUGUAAAUCAGUUGUGGUGUUCCCAGGCUGCAUUUUGUAACGGGAAAGUUGUAAAAAGAGCAGGAACGUAUGAAUAGCUUUUGAUUUAUUCUACUAAAAACAUCCAAUGCCUUUUCCUGGGCAUCUUGUGAAGUCAUUACUCUAAUUGCUAGCUGGGUGGGUCUGCGCUCUGUGGGACGUGUUUUGAUAUUUUGUUUUCCGCAAGCAAUGUUAAUCCAGGUUUGGUCUUGCGUGAGUCUAUGGAAAUAAUUUCUUUUUGUGACCAUGAA